AUGUCUUUGUCAACUAAUUUCUGUUUAGGUUUCCUUACAAUAGUUGUUACUUGUAUUAUUUUAUCCAACAAUAACAAUGUACAAGCUAGUGAAAAUGAUGCCGAAAGCAUUUCAAAAAUUGGACAAGGUGUAGGUCAUAUUAUGAACAUUUAUUACUGUUACUCUUGCGGAUACAGAAAAGUUUUUGAAGACUAUGCGGGUAUAAUUCAACAAAAAUACCCAGAAAUAUCGGUCAUUGGAGCCAAUUAUGAUCCUCCAGGUUUAAAUAUGUAUCUAUCGCGAUUGAUUGGUUUUGGCAAGAUGAUACUGAUCAUGUGCAUACUUAGUGGAGUAAACAUAUUUGCUUGGCUGAACAAACCACAGCCUGCUUGGUGGAGUUGGUGCCUUGAGAACAAACUGUAUGCAUGCAUGAUGAUGUUUUUCUUAGCUAACAUGGUUGAAGGCCAGUUGGUGUCAUCUGGUGCAUUUGAAAUAUCCUUAAACAACAUUCCAUUGUGGUCCAAGUUAGACACAGGAAGAAUCCCACAGCCACCUGAGUUGUUUCAAAUAAUUGACAAUACAUUGCAGUUCUCAAAAAUGGAAUUGUCCAAUAAUAACUUUGUGCAAUAA